UAUGCCACUCUCAAAAUCCGACUCACAACGAGUCGAGAAGGAUCAAUGCAGGGAGUGUCGAGGCUUUGGACACUUCCAGUAUGAGUGUGCUAAUCUUAAGAAGAAGAAUAAGUCACUGAAGGCAACCUGGGAAGAUUCAGAUGAAGAAGGUACAGACGAAUCUUUGUUACACACAAGCAACCUGGUAGUUUAUACCUCAGUCAAGAAGUUCAUGUGUCUCACCACUUCUCAUGCCCCGACCAAGUUUGAAGAAAGUUUGAAAGAAACUAAAGCAUCUGAGGAUGAAACAGAUCAAAAUGUGUGUGUAGAUCCAGUUCACUUACUUGCUAUGGAAAAGUGUGCUCAAGCAUCUGAAGCUCUACAGAAGCUUCAAAAUGAAGUGUUUAGACUUUCAAGAGCAAACAGGGUGCUGAACGAACAAGCAUCUGUCUCCACUGCUACUAAAGAGUGUGAACUGGAUACUGCAAAGGCACGAACUUGUAUCCUUGAGAGUAGU